AUGUCUUAACAUAUUUAAGCAUCAGUUUAAUUCAGUUUUCCAAAAGCACCUAGAUUUCAAAGAAUACGUACUCCUUGUUAAACAGACUAUUAUGAACCAAAUUAUUUUCGCAGUACUAGAGCAUCUGGAUUUGGUUAUGGCAAAAAGUUUGACUUUACCAAAAUUCAUUUCUACACAGAAAACUAUUAUGAUCCUACCAGUUCUUUCUCAAAUCAAAAGGGGACAAGUUUUGGAUUAGGCAGAGAUCUUGUUAAAUAUAGAACAUAUUAUUAAGGAAAUCGAGUACCAGGUCCUGGGGCUUAUAAUUAAAGUCCUAACAAGACAAUUGGUUAUAAAAUUGGUGAAAAGUUAAGUAAAACUUAUCAAGCUCAUGAAAUACCUGGUCCUGGGACUUAUGAUCAAAAUUUUUAUAAGCAGCGAAGUAUAUCUAUCAACAAAAAGCCUGAAAGAUUUUCAACUGAUUCAACUUUUAAUCCUGGACCAGGAGAAUACUAUGCUUAAUCAAAAUCUUGUUAUUCUAAAUGUAAGUUUGGAAAUGCCCAUAGAAAAUGUUUUAUUGAUGAAGCUGUUAGAGCUGCAGAGAAAAGUGGAGGUAUUAAUAUAUAACAAUUAAUAAGUGCCAGGACCAGGGAAUUAUGCUAAUUUUACUCAGUUUGUCUAGCUAGAAAAAUCACGUAAGCGUCCAUCUACUGCUAAAAACUGA